GAAGUAGAGUCUUUUUGAUGGAUUUCAAUCUAGAUCUAGAUAAAGAAUAACAAAUGUAUAAUACAUAUUUGUGUAGAUCUAGAUCUAAAUGUUAGUUAUGAAUAAAAUUCAUUGUUUUUUUCGGCCAUGAAAUUUAUAGGAUACUGUCUUUAUAUAAGUUUAGUGGCAGCUGAACUACAUGAACAACUUCAUUACUUUGAGACACUAAAAGUUGUGGAUGUGAAAGUGAGAAAGAAGAGAAGUCUUGACAGCCAAACUUCAUUCACCAAGGAUGUUACUUUCUCUGCUUUUGGACGGAAUUUUAAUCUUUUUCUGACUCCUGGUUCCCCUGUGAUAUCUGCAGACCUAGCAAUAAAACUUGUUUAUGGAGAUGGAAGGACAUCACCAUUGUACAUUGAUCACAAUGCCUUUUACACUGGCCAUUCAGCAGAUGAUGAGACAGUAAAGGUUGAUGCCUACCAAGAAGAUGGUGCAUGGGGAAUAAACAUCUAUGAGAAAAAUGAAACAUAUACACUGGAACCAUCUUGGCGUCACUUGCCACCUUCAGAUAAUCACUCCAUGAUAGUCUAUAGACACUCAGAUAUAAAAUGGAAUAACUUAUUCCCAGAGCUGAACAAAACUCAUGACUCAAUAAAAGUCUGUGGAGCGGUUCACCCUGAAGAUGAUCCAGACUUGAAACCAGUGCAGCACAUGGCAGAUGAACACCUGCAUAAUGAGAGAGAUAGUGAGACUGAACACAGCAGGACAAAAAGAUCACUCUGGACUUUAAACACAUGCCACAUCAUUGCUGUAGCAGACUACACAUUUUUCAAUGGGCCUGGCGGGGGGUUUCCUCACCAGACAGCUAAUUAUCUUGUUCAGACAAUCCAGAAAGUGAACUCAAUAUUUAAAAAAACUGUUUGGAAUGAAGAGAGGCAGCUUACAGGACUUCACAUUCAGAUUAAGGAGAUGAGAAUACACACUGAAAGUACAGAACCAAAACAAUUCCACUCUAACAAUAAGCAUUAUAAUAUGGAUCAGUCCCACUGGCCUGAUAGUGCUCUGCUUAAGCAAUUUGGUCUGGAUCAAGAUUUGACAAAUUUUUGUCUGGCUCAUCUGUUCACACAUCGUAAGUUUGAUGGCGGUGUACUAGGCUUGGCCUACAUAGCUUCUCCUAGAAAGUUUUCUACUGGAGGAAUUUGUUCACAGUUAGGCAGUUCCAAAGUUGCUUACAACACUGGAUUCAGUUCUACAAUGAACACAAAGGGAAAUAAUAUGCUAACACAGGAAGCAGUGCUGGUUACUGCCCAUGAUUUAGGCCACAACUGGGGAUCAGAGCAUGAUGCUGAAACAAGUGAGUGCGCACCAAGCUCUUUCAAUAAGGGAAAGUUCCUUAUGUUCCCAUAUGCCGUCAGUGGUUAUGAAGAGAAUAAUAAUGAGUUUUCACCUUGCAGUAAGCGGUAUGUGACAGAAGUGCUGCUGGCUAAAGCUGGAUCUUGUUUUAAAGUUGACAUUGUAAACCUUGACCUCAAUGCUUCCAUGGGGAGCUUCAAGGAGAAUGUGCCUAUGUGUGGUAAUGGUAAAAUUGACAAAGACGAGCAAUGUGACAGCGGUGGCCUAGGGAUCAGUGGCUUAGACCCUUGCUGCGAUAAUUCCUGUAAGCUCAAACCAAAUGCUACUUGCAGCCCUGUCAAUUGGGAGUGCUGUAAGAAUUGCAUCAUUGCACCUAGAGACAUGGUUUGUCGAGGGGCUAGCAAGGAACAGUGCAAGAAAGAGGCUAAAUGCUCUGGUUAUAGUUUUGAUUGCCCUGCAUCACAGAAUAUUUCAGACACACCUGAAGUCAAGUGUAUCGAUGAAGGUGUCUGCAAGAAGGGCAGAUGUCUGAGCUAUUGUGAAAGACAUUUGGCUGAUUCUGUUCCUUGUAGAUGUACGCAACCCGGUAAUGAAUGUCUGAGAUGCUGUCAGCAGAAAGGCCACAAUUGUCAAAGUGUCAAUGCCUCUGAUUUCUUGACUGACGGGAGACCUUGUUCCUUUGGUUACUGUGAGGCAGGGAAGUGCAUUCAAGUAAGAACAAACUUGAUUCAGAGAUUGUUUACAUUCAUUGAGAAGUUAACCCCGGACACUUUAGUGGCCUUCAUGAAGAGCAACAUUGUUGGUACCAUCAUAGUUUUCUCCUUGGUCAUCUGGAUACCACUAAGUUGGACAGUCAGCUGUAUAGACAAACGAAGCGAGAAAAAAAGCCGUCUGCUCCAGGCUCAUUGGGUUAGUAACGACACCCUUCUCAAUCGAUCUUUCCAGAACACUGUUUUAGCCAGCCAUUUUGACAACUAUAAAAUCAAAGAAGGGGGGUCAAGACGAACAUUCCCAUCAGCUCAAUUCUAUCCAAAAGCACGCCUUCCCAACAUCAUGGAAGGUGGAAAGCACAAGCCCACAGCUGUUAGGAAGUACAAAUUUAACCACCAGCCUGAUGGCCCAGAAGAUUUUGAGACUGUCAUGUGAUAUUCAUGUAAUUUAGAUUUUUCAUUGUGAGCUCAACAUAGCAUUCUAAGGAAGUAGCACAGUAUUAUGCAGUUCUAGCUCAAAAUUAAUAUCAACUUUAUAGAGAUGGUUCAUGUUUAUCUAGGAGAGAGGUGCCCUCUACUUUGUUUAUUUGCUUACAUGUUUCAAGGACAGUGUUACUAAAGGAGUGGAACAACAGUUCAUAAGUACAGUAAUCUUCCAAUCCCACAGUAAUGAAGAAAGACAACUAAUGAAGUACUUAAUAAUCAUUACAUUAUAAUAUUUGUGCAUUUUUUUUAGUAAUAUAUCUUAUAUGUAAAUAAAAUUAAUUAUUUCAAUGAUGACAAAAAUAAAUCUUAGCAAUUUUCCCAAACAGUUGUUAAAGUUUGUACUGUGGCUAGACAAUAAUUUGAAAGUUGUUGAACAGAAUGAUAAUAUGUCAAAUUUUUUUGUUUACCCUCAUUAUAGUUUUUUUUUAUUUAAAAAAAGGAAACUUCCUUUAUCUCACAGGGUUAGACUCUGUUCUUUUCCUCAUCCAUUUGUUUAUACCAUGUAAACUGUUUCUCAACCAAGUAAGCAAUGCUUUUCUUGGCAUAAACUUUAUUAUUUAGUCAAAUGUUACCAUAAAAAAACAACUAACUAAAUGUGGGCUUUUAAGUAUUGCAGGGCAGCCAGUGAAUAUUCCUCCUUUCAUGGCACUUUUUUUUUUUAAAUAUGUAUUUUCAUCUGCAAUAACCUAAUGUCAAAGUGAGCAUCUUGAAACCAUGACCCCUGAUAAAUCAGUGAUUGUCUUUUAUUUACUGUUCUUUGUUGUAGAGCUCUCCUGUUGAGGACGUUCAUUGUUGAUGUUCACAUUAUUUAUUGCUUCUCAUACCUCACUCUUGUGUCCUGUUGCUGUUGAUGUUCAACCAAUCAUUUUAUUAUUCCACUUUCUCUGGCUCACUGGUUACAUUCUAAUUAUCAAUCCAUUCUUUUUGACUUGAUUGAUUGGUUAGCUCAAUAAGGCUUUAUAAUGAUAUUUUGAAAUACUUUUUUUUUUUAUAAUUUAAUUUUUUUUUUUUAAAGUUUGUGGUUCCUGAAUUCUGACCUUAUUUUAGGUCAUCCAAGUUUUUCUGUGACUAUCAGUAAGGAAACUUUAGACUUUAAUGUGGUCACGUUUAUGCCAUAAAAUAGGUUAGUGAUGCUGAUCAUAAGAUAUGUCAUUCAGACUAUCGUUAUGAUAGUGCGAUGGUUUGAAUUCUGCUUGUCAUCAUCUUCUGAAGUAAUACUUUGAAAACAUGUCAGACACUUAAAUACAAUUUAAAACAACCGUGUAAGUUGAAUUAAGGCAAAUCUUUGCAAAGUCUUUCUAGAAGUUUGAAUUAUAUGUUUCAUUUGUUCUCUUUUUGACAUCUCAUGUAUUUGAAGUAAACCAGCUCAUUGUGUUACUAUGUUUUCUUAAAUCUUUACAAUCUUUUUAAAUUAUUUUUUAUGUAAAAAAAAAAUGUGUACUUUUUAUUUUUUUAAGGAUUUUAUCAAGAAUGAUUAUAUAGACAGCUGUAUUGAUUUAGACUUUUAUACUUCAAUGUAUGCAAAACUUGAUUAUGUUACUAACAUUUCUUUGUCAGUUAUCCUUAUUAGAAGUUUGUUUCAUUCAGUGCCUAACAUCCUUUGUGAAUUAAGGAGCAGAAGUGUGAUGUCACUUCCUGCAAAUUAGUUCCAAAGACAUAUUGAUGUAAACAUGAGAUAUGCAAAUAAUGCAUUUUCACAAUUUUAUAUAUGGAUUAUACAUGUUCUUUGUGGUUCAAUAUAUACAUUUAUAUAUGGAUUAUACAUGUUCACUGUGACUCAAUAUAUAUUUGUAUAGAUAUUAAAGCAUUCAGCUUCUGUUCUGUGCACAUUGUUAGUGACUAAAUCUCUUACCUAAUAUCAAAAUUAGUGAGUCCUCUUUGUCAGUUUGUAGUUUGAUCAUACAUUUGAGAAAACUUGCCAAUUUUUUUGUUUCAUCCUUAAUCAGUUUUUUAAGUCUGUAGUUUUUUUUACCAUUUAUGGAUGAAUGCAUGUUUGAAGAUGUAAAAGUUAAAUGCAUUGCUCAUUAGUUGUACCAUUGAGCUGUUUGUAAAGCUAAUUAACCCAUUCACCCCUAUGGCAGUAGAACUAGAAUGCAGUGUUCAAGGUUAUCUCCUUAUGUGGUUCAUUACAGCAGGAAGAUACCAUCAGAGCUUUUGUUUUACUUUUGUGUAAGAAGAGCUCUUCCUGCCUCAUGCAGAACAAACAGAUAACACACUUAGAUACAUUUUUUUUUAGUGAAAACCAAUUGUCUAUAGAUCUAGCUCUUUUAAUUUUUUAUUACAAAGUUGUCUAAAUUAAGAAAAAAAAAAAAAGCGAAUAUUGUAUGAGGUUCACCAUACAUUUAGAUUGUUUAUGAGGAUUCAUUUCUCUGUUCUAAUAUUAUUGAAAGUAAACAUUUUUUGGAACUAGAUUUAUUGUUUCAUAAAAUUUUUAUUUUUUUAUUUUAGAGUCGUCUAAUUUUGAUAAAAAAUUGUUUUUCUUUCAUUGGAAAUGGGAUAAAACCAGUAUAGACAUUUUGAUUGACAUUGUACAAUUAUUGAAAAUGGUGUUCAAAGUUUUUGACAUUUCCUUUCAAUGUUUAAGUGCAGCUUCAAUUGAUAUGAUGUAAUUCAUUUGAUAUAAUCGAGAUAUACUUCAUGCAGAGUUACGAUUGUUAGGUUAGAAUUUAUUCUGGAGGUAUUAGAUCUUGUAAACAUGUCAAAUAAAUCAUUGCUAUAAAAGAC